AUGAUUAAGUCACUCACUUAAUAAAAUAAAGAAAGACAGUAGGCAUUUAAUCUAGAAAAUAUCAAAAGAAAAUUCUUUUAUGGAUAAUAUUCAACAUGUGUUAAAUUUACUUCACUAUCCUUUUUAUAUUGUCCCAUAAAUAAUAACCCAUUUUUUAUGACUAUUCCAAAUAUUCAAUUGGACAAUCGACUAUUCCAAACCUAAAAUACUUUACUGGAGAUGAAAAUUGUUUGUAACUUAUAUUGA